UUGAACUUAGCAUACCAUUGAUAACUUAGGUGUGGCCUCCGGGGUGCGAAGCUGAGUUUUACAGGCACCGGGGUCGCUUCUGUCGCACGAUGAAGUCCGCUCAGUCGCUUCUGAUGAAGCUGCAGGCGCCCAUUAAGGGCUGCCUGCAGCAGGGAACUUCCGAGGGUCUGCGCUCGUUCGCUGCUCGCGCUCUGGGCUCGGCGAUGGAGACUUCCCUGAUACCUGAGGCCAACAGCGCCAGCACCAGCGCUAGCUCAGCGUCGCAGCUGCAGCAGACUCGUAGCAUGGGCUAUGCUUACGCCCGGAAGACCACGGACAAGGACUACAUCGCGAGCGAGCACAUGCAGGCGUUCGGCAACACGCAGCUGACGGAUUAUAUUAUUAAGACGGUGCCGAAAUUUGUGAAGAUGGCGGUCACCGGCCCAGCGCAGAGCAGCGUGCUCUACCAGGAGCCCACGAUAUACACCACGCCUGAGAGCCUGGUGCCGCUCAUGGUUUUCCUGCGCGACCACACCAACACUCAGUUCAAGUGCCUGCUGGACGUGACGGCGGUGGACUUCCCGGAGCGUGCCGCGCGGUUCGAGGUGGUGUACCACCUCCUCAGCCCCCGCUGGAACAACCGCAUCCGCGUGAAGGUGUGCGUGGACGAGGUCACGGCCGUGCCCACCCUCUGCAAGGUGUUCAACACCGCCAACUGGUUUGAGCGCGAGACGUGGGACAUGUUCGGCGUGUUCUUCAGCGGCCAUCCCGACCUGCGCCGCAUCCUCACCGACUACGGCUUCACCGGCCACCCGCUGCGCAAGGACUUCCCGAUGACCGGCUACCAGGAGGUGCGGUACGACUACGGCAAGAAGCGCGUGGUGUCGGAGCCGCUGGAGCUGACGCAGGAGUUCAGGUACUUUGACUUCAACAGCCCUUGGGAGACGCUGAACCGGUAAAGCAAUGGAGCGCCGGAGCGAUGGCGCUUGCGGCCUUGCAGAGUUGGCAGAGGGAGCUGGCAGCGGGGGCGAAUGCAAUUGCUGGCGCCCGCUUGUCACUGGCUCGCUGCUGUAAGACACGCGGGGGCAUUGCUGGCGCGGCGUGGUUUUGUGGUGGAGGGUUGGUAUUAAGGUGUCGGUAAGGAGGCAGGCGUUGAGGGCACUGGUUCAAUGCAGUCGUUGUGUUUGUGUGCAAGGUGUGCCUGUUGUGAAUGCAUGGCUGUCGGCACUCCGCACACUUUGUGCGCAAGUCUAGGAUGUAGCGAGUCUCAACGCUCCGAGUCACACUCGAGAGUGGGUUUUCUGCAAGUGUUUAUCGCCGCGACCAUGCUUGCAGUUGUAGGGGGUUAGCAAGGCAACGAUUGGCCAGACAGGACUGACACGUAGUGUUUGCGGCUUCAAAGCUUAACAACUUGACAGCAGGAAGGGAUUGUAGCAUAUGGAUUAGGUGUGAUGCGUGUGUCCCGCGCUCAGGCACCGCGUGGGCAGCCGCUGAUGUAGUUCGGCAGCUGUAAGGUCCACGUGGA